GCAACAAACUCAAACUCUUCAAGGCACAUUUUCAAAUUAGAGAUCUGCCGCAAUUCUUGGCGCAAGCAGACGGGUAGCUUAAGUGCUCAAAGUGAGUACAGCAUAGCAGACAACACUGCUUUAAAAUCUGACUCCACAAUCAACAGGUGAAAAGGCCACAGAAUCCAGAGUCCAUACUACCUACAUACAAGACAUGGGGAAGGGCUUCUUCAUCAGCAAGGCAGUAGCUUUAACCUGUUUGGUUGCAGCCAUCGCUGCUGUGGCCACCAUUAUAGCUCUGUCUGUGGUUUACGCUCAGGAGAAGGCAAAGAAUGAAGUGACACCUACAUCCACCACCAGCCCCAGUACCAGCCCCCCUUCGCCCACCACACCAUCCAGCCCGAAGGAACCCUGGCAGAAAUACAGACUUCCAGAUUCCCUGUCUCCUGUCUCCUACAAUAUCACCCUGUGGCCCCGGCUGGAGCCCAACGCAGACGGCCUGUACAUCUUCACUGGAAACUCCACAGUGAUCUUCAGAUGUGUGAAGGAGACUGAUCUCAUCCUCAUCCACUCCAACAAGCUGAACCUCACCAGCUUCGGGGGAUACCUGGCCCAGCUGAGGGGCCUAGAUGGAGCCACUGCGCCCUGCCUGAAAAGCACCUGGCUGGAGAUUCCUACCCAGUACCUGGUGAUCCAACUCAACAGCCCACUGCAGGCCGGCAGCACGUACGAGCUUUUCACUGAGUUUGUUGGAGAGCUGGCCGAUGACCUGGGAGGAUUUUACAGGAGUGAAUACAUGGAAGAUGGGGUGAAAAAAGUUGUGGCCACGACUCAAAUGCAGCCAACGGAUGCCAGGAAAGCCUUCCCCUGCUUCGAUGAGCCCGCUAUGAAAGCUGUUUUUCACAUGACUCUCAUUCACCCCCAUGACACUGUGGCUCUGUCCAAUGGCAUGAACUACGAGCCUGUUAAUGCUCCUGUGGACGGACACAUUCAGACAAGCUUUGAACCCACCCCGAUUAUGUCAACCUACUUGCUGGCUUUUGUUGUGUCCGAUUUUGCAUUCAAUACAUCGACUCCUGAUGCAGAAGUUUUGAUCAGGAUCUGGGCUCGCAGGAAGGCUAUAGAGGAGGGCCAAGGAAACUAUGCCCUAGAGAAGACUGGGCCCAUACUGGCAUUCUUUCAGAAGUACUACAACUCUUCUUACCCUCUGAGCAAGUCAGACCAGAUCGCACUUCCUGACUUCAGUGCUGGAGCCAUGGAGAACUGGGGCCUGAUCACCUACAGAGAAACUGCCCUCCUAUACAAUCAAGGCGUGUCAUCCAAUGGAGACAAGGAGUGGGUGGCAACAGUCAUCUCGCAUGAGCUCGCUCAUAUGUGGUUUGGAAACUUGGUGACCACGAGGUGGUGGAAUGACCUGUGGCUCAAUGAGGGCUUUGCCACAUACGUCUCUUAUCUUGGAGCCAACUAUGCUGAACCACUGUGGAAUAUGACAGAUUUAAUAGUUCUGAAUGAGAUCAUUGGUGUGAUGGGUGUGGAUGCCUUGGCCUCCUCCCACCCCCUCUCCUCCCAAGAGGAGGACGUCCUAACGCCAGCAGACAUCAGUCAACUGUUUGACUCCAUCACAUACAGCAAGGGAGCUGCAGUCCUCAGGAUGCUCUCAGAGUUUAUCACUGAGACUGUCUUUUCCAAAGGACUUAGUACAUACUUAAAGGAGUUCAAGUACCAGAACGCAGUCUACACAGACCUCUGGAAGCACCUGCAAAUGGCAGUGGAUGAAGCAGGUAUAGAUCUGCCCCACUCUUUGGACGAUAUCAUGAACCGCUGGAUCCUACAGAUGGGUUUCCCAGUGGUCACCAUUGACACCCAGACCGGAAAAAUUACCCAGAAACACUUCCUAUUGGACCCAGACUCUGAAGUGGACAGACCCUCACCAUACAAUUAUGAGUGGAUUGUCCCCAUUACAUGGAUUAAGUCUGGCGGAGCUGAAGAGAUGUUUUGGCUUCUUGACAAAGAAGCAACAAACACAAAUAUGACUCUUGGUGCUAAUGAGUGGUUGGUGGCCAACAUAAAUAUGAGGGGCUUCUACAGAGUCAACUAUGACUCUAAAAACUGGGAGCGUCUCCUCGCCAAGCUGAGCUCUGAAUAUCAGGAUAUUCCAAUGAUCAACCGAGUUCAAAUUAUCGAUGAUGCCUUUAACCUUGCAAGGGCAAAGAUGGUGAACACAACUCUGGCUCUGACAACUACCAAGUUCCUAAAUAAAGAGGUCGAAUACAUGCCCUGGGAGACAGCCCGCCGCAACUUGAACUACUUCUUCCUAAUGUUCGACCGCAGUGAAGUGUAUGGACCCAUGCAGGCUUACCUAAAGAAGCAGGUCACCCCUCUGUUUAACUACUUCAAAGAGCUCACUCUCAACUGGACAAAGAUCCCAGAAAAGCACACUGACCAGUACAACCAGAUAAAUGCUAUCUCCUUGGCCUGCAACACUGGUGUGGAAGGUUGUAAGGAGCUGACCACUGGCUGGUUCAGAGAGUGGAUGAAAGACCCAGCUAUCAACAACAUUAAUCCCAACUUGAAGUACACAGUGUACUGCAGUGCGAUUGCAGCAGGAGGAGUGGAUGAGUGGGACUUUGCUUGGUCUAUGUACAAGAACGCCACCAUCGCUUCAGAGGCUGAUAAACUCAUGUCCGCUCUGUCCUGCACCAAACAGCCCUGGCUGCUGAACAGGUUUCUUGAGUAUUGUCUGGACCCAAAGAUGAUCCGUAAGCAAGAUGCCACCUCCACCAUCAUUUCCAUUGCUAGUAACCCCAUUGGUCAACCUCUGGCAUGGGACUUUGUCAGAGCCAAAUGGGACUAUAUAUACAAUGAGUAUGGUGGUGGAGCAUUUUCCUUUGGAGGGCUAAUUAAUGGAGUGACUAAACGAUUCUCCUCUGAGUUUGAAUACAAUCAGUUGCUGCAGUUCAAAGAAGACAACGCAGAACAGGUGGGCACAAUCGCCAUGUCUCUUGAUCAGGCACUGGAGAGAACCAAGGCCAACAUGAACUGGGUGGCCAUGAACAAGGAACAGGUGCUCAACUGGUUCACCGAUGAAACUUCUUCUGCGGUUUAACACUCUCCACAGUUUUCAAAUGUAUGAUUGUUUCACUGACGUUUACUCCAGCUGGAACCAAAUGUAUUACUAUAAAUGUUCUGAAUGUGAUGGAGCUUUUUUAAAAUGUAAAGUUUAUUUGAUUAUUUUUAUGAAUAAAGACUAUUUGAUACCAAAA